AUGGAUAAUUAUUCGAUGGAUGGGAGAACAUACAGAUACUUUAAGGGGCCUGGCAACCCUUUGUAUCCAUUUGGUUAUGGGUUAUCAUACAGCAAGUUUAUUUAUAAAAAUUUAUCGACUAACUUGUUUGUAAUAAACCAAGUUUACAAAAGCAAUAUUACCGUUGAAGCUGAUGUUUAUAAUCUCGGACCUUAUGAUUCAGAUGAAGUCACACAAAUUUACAUAGCAUGGAAUGACAUCCCAGUGUCGAUGCCGAAGUUACAACUUGUCGCUGUUCAACGAAACUCUAUAAUAUUUGAUAAUCAGCCUUUCAAACUUUCUUUAAUUAUAAACGUAAAUCAGUUAAAAAUAUGGGAUGAAACAAAAGGUUUUUAUCUUCACCCUGGUUAG